CUAUAAAGUUUUUUAUGUAUCUUACGUGAUGAUAUAACCGGCUGAUUACUACCAAAUUCUUCUGGAUCAAUUCUAUUGAUAAUAGAGUUGAAACCUUUUUCAUAUGAUUUGCCUUUUAAAGUUAUGAUGUAUUCAAAAAUAUUGCUAAUUUUUUUAUCGCUUGUUGUUACACCACCAUUGAUUUUUUCCAAAAAUCUGGACAUCUCAUUAAUAUCUUUUUGUAAAAUAUCGAUAUCUUUCCUUCUUUUCUCUUCAUUAGCAAUAAUCAUUAUCAAUUGCAAGUCGCUAACAAUACUGUCAAAGUCUGUAAUUAAUUGUUGAAAUCUUACUUUAAUGUUAUCGUUUGAAAUAAAUUUUCUAUAGCCAGAUAAAUGAGUUACAUCUUGA